UCUGUACAUACUUGCGACAAUGGACAUAAUGGAACGAGUUCGAUGACAGGAUGUCUAUGAGCAAUCAUCCCAAAGCCUACGGCACUGCCGCCGUAGCAAUUGCAUUCACGGCCGGCAUACUCCUGACGCUGGGCUUCAAAGAUUUCUAUCCCGACCUCGAAUUACGUUACCAGCGACGUCGAGGGCAGAAAUCCACGUCCACAGAGUCCAGACCUGGCAGUACCUACCUCCCACCUGUCAAGCUCGAAGACCACACACGUAGUGCGCGACAAUCCGUAGUUGGCGCCCCAAUCCCUCCCAUACCAGAAGGCAUUGAAGGCUGCAUAGGCAAUACGCCGCUAUUUAAGAUCAAGAGCUUGUCUGAAGCCACGGGAUGUACCAUUCUUGCCAAAGCGGAGUUUUUGAAUGGUGCUGGAGGCAGCCCGAAGGAUAGAGUGGCAUUGAAUAUGAUACGUAUGGCUGAGGAGGAAGGGCUAUUGGAACCUGGAAGGGGAGACACGAUUUAUGAAGGCACUGUUGGAUCGACGGGCAUUUCUUUAGCAACGCUGGCUAGAGCUAUGGGGUAUAAAGCAUACAUUUGCAUGCCGAAUGAUCAGAGUAAAGAAAAAUCGGAUUUGUUGCAUCAUUUGGGAGCUAUGGUGGAGAGAGUUACACCUGCGCCCAUCACAUCCACGGAACAUUUUGUGAAUCUGGCGAGGAGGAGGGCGUUAGAACACACGGCUUCUGGAGAGGAUGAUAGUCGAGGGUUCUUUGCGGAUCAGUUCGAAUCUUUGGCGAAUUAUAGAGCGCAUUUGAAGAGUACAGGCCCGGAAAUCUGGCAACAGACUGGUGGGCAGAUUGAUGCUUUUGUUGCAGGAGCUGGAACUGGUGGCACGGUUUCGGGAAUUUCGGUUUAUUUGAAGCAAGAGAUGGGGAUGGGUAAGGAUCUAAGAGUAGUUCUUGCUGAUCCUGAGGGGAGUGGGCUUUACAAUAAAGUCAAGCAUGGAGUCAUGUUCUCUAAUACUGAGAAAGAGGGGACGAGGAGGAGACAGCAAGUUGAUACCAUUGUCGAGGGUAUUGGAAUCAAUCGGCUGACGGAGAAUUUCGAGGCGGGGAGAGAGUUGAUUGACGAUGCUGUCAAAGUCACUGAUGCUCAAGCUAUGAGAAUGGCAAGGUGGUUGGUGGAGAAAGACGGCAUAUUUGUGGGAAGCAGUAGUGCUGUAAAUUGUGUUGCUGCUGUACUUACUGCUUUGAAGAUGCCAAAGGACAGCAGAGUUGUCACUAUCCUCUGUGACAGUGGAACGAGGCAUUUGAGUAAGUUCUGGAAGAAGGUUGGAGAGACGGGGUUGGAGGAAGAACAUGAUCAGACUGAUCUACUGUCCAUGCUCGGUAUCAAGGAAGGGAGAUGAAGUUCAGUCGGUAUUGCAUCUCAAUAAUCGACCUCACCCUCUUCGCGGCUACUGCCAGUAGCACCCAGACCCUCAAAGUUGGCGUCAAUUCCACAGUGACGAGUCGACGUUACAAGGAAGCAGAACUCAGUCACCAGCUAUUUUGCAAGACGUUCUAUUAUCCUCUAGCACCAAAUGCCAAGCCAUGCGGCUAACAGGGUAUUGCACAGAACGCCAGGAAGAGGCGCGAAUGCAAAACGGAAGAAUUAUGAAACCUGAAACAACGCUUCUUGAAGUCAUAUUCUCUCAUCAAACCGAAGCUCCCAAGUGCAAACCCCGAACCCCAAAGCCAUCCAUUAAGCACAAGGAAAGAAGUGAAAUUUUGCAUGCAGAUACCCAUGGACCAAUCAACCAAGCACUCAACGACCCUUGCGGACAUGCUGAUACCCGAGCUCAAGAAAACUAGUAUUGUCAGUAAACGUACGAAACCUGUGGUUCUCUGUAUUCUUACCUUCCAGCGAUUACCACACACUGUGCAUUCACAGAAAGUAGUCAUAGGUUCAUCAGCACUGCGAGUUUGAGCCUGACUGUAGCUGACUUUCUUCUGACCACACUUUCCACACUUCAGCGCAUCACUGACACU